UUAAAAACUGUUGUUAAAAAUAAAAUAGAUGGAUUUAUGAUAAAUGAAAAUGGAGUACUAUACAAUAGUAUUCUUUAUUGACCGAAAACAUAAAAAAAUAAAAUAUAAAAAGAUAAAGAUAAAGUUGAAGCGACGUUAGAGUUUAGUCUUGAAAUUAGGAUUGGACAUGGGCUUAAAGACACACAAAAUCUUUCUCAAAUUUUGUUAAUUUUUGUUAUUUUUCCUUCUUCACUAUUCCGCUUAGAGCACAACACCAAGAUGACGACCAAGGCUAUGCAGAGAGGAUUUAAGCUGAUUCUGGGUUCUCAGUCGAUGGCGAGAAAGAGGAUUCUGGCUGAUAUGGGAUAUGAUUACACUAUCGUGACUGCAGACAUUGAUGAGAAAGCUAUUAGGACAGAGAAGCCUGAAGAUUUGGUUGUGGCUCUUGCUGAAGCCAAGGCAAAUGAGAUUAUAUCGAAAUUGGGAGGUGAAAGCCAGUUUGCACAAGAUCCUCAACCGACUCUGUUGAUUACUGCAGACACUGUUGUUGUGUACAAAGGUGUCAUUAGAGAAAAACCAACCACUAAAGAAGAAGCUCGUGAAUUUAUCAAAGGCUAUUCCGGGUCACACGGAGGCGUUGUGGGAUCUGUUCUUGUAAGGAACUUGAAAACUGGAGUUAGAAGAGGAGGAUGGGACAAAGCAGAGGUUUAUUUCCAUGAGAUACCAGAACAAAUCAUCGAUGAUCUAAUUGAUGAUGCAAUAACGUAUAAGGUUGCUGGAGGUUUAACCCUGGAGCAUCCCCUCAUUUCACCCUUUAUCGAUGCUGUGGUGGGAGGAGUUGAUACAGUUAUGGGACUUCCUAAAGAACUCACAGAAAAGUGCAUCAACGAUGUGUUAUGUAGGAAGAACUCAAGCCCCUUUUGAUUAUGUAGGAAGGCUUAGACUACUACUUUUGAAUCUCUCUAAUCAAUCAUUUAUAUUGUAACUCUGGGAAAAACACACAGAUUUACCGUAUCAUGAUUUUAAGUAUUGAUGAUGGUUUCGGAUUUCAAACUCAUGAAUCAAUUGAAAUGUACCAGUUUUUUUGCA